CGCUGGCCUUAUGCGCCCGGGUUACGGAAGCCGGGGAGGACUGAGCGCGAGGUCUACCUGCAGGAAGUUGGCCGCGGAAACCGGGAUAGCGGUGGAGAAGAGGUACCUCAGGCUCAAUGGCUACUGUGGAAGCAAGUGGCAGCGAUGAGAAAGGGCGAGACGUCGAGACCUCCGUCACGUAUUACCGAUUGGAGGAGGUGGCGAAACGCAACUCCCCGAAGGAGAUUUGGCUGGUGAUCCACGGGCGAGUCUACGAUGUCACCCGCUUCCUUAACGAGCAUCCUGGUGGAGAAGAAGUUCUGCUGGAACAAGCUGGUGGAGAUGCAACUGAAAGUUUUGAAGAUGUAGGCCACUCCUCUGAUGCCAGAGAAAUGCUCAAACAGUACUAUAUUGGUGAUGUGCAUCCGAAUGACCUUAAACCCGGAAGUGAUGGCAAGGACCCUCCGAAAAAUAAUACGUGCAAAAGCUACUGGUCGUAUUGGAUCUUCCCCAUCGUAGGUGCUAUUCUCUUAGGUUUUCUGUAUCGUUACUACAUGGCGGAGAGCAAGUCCUCCUGAAGAGACCUUGUUGAAGUCUGGAAAGCACAUCUACUUGGGAGUGAGAACUAGACACUUGUUUGGAGGCUGCAGCGGUGCCCUCUUCUCGAAUCCUGCCAAUUGUAUUCUUCUUCCUCGGACCCCAGACUGUUGGCCAGACAUCCGCCUCAGCCCUGGGGCCAGCAUCCAAGUCAUUUCUCAGAGCCUUACUCUCAAAGCACCUGCUCAUUGUGUCCUUGCCUUUGUUUCCUCUCUUUACUCUUUUCCACGAGCACCUUUAUGUUUCAAAACUUUUAUAAUUAUUGUCUACGUGUCCUAGUGACAUUGCCCUUCGGUAAAAUUGCCUGCUUUCCAGUACUUUGAAUGCACAUUAGACAUACUUAACAGGGCAUCACACUCUGGUUUUGAAGCUUUUCUUUUUCCCUUUUUCUUUUAAGUAAAUAUUAUUUUAAAAAUUAUGACUUAAUUAUCAUAAGAGGUUUAAUUCAUGAAGUCAGGUUGCACACCUGCGACUUAAAACACAACUGCAGAAUGAUCUUCUUCGUUGAUUAUAUUUGUUAAAACUGAGUGUAGCAGGGAGCCCUUGCCACCUCCUAAGGCCACCAAAUGGUGCUGGGCAGAACCCUGCUUCCCUUUUGUUUAUGGGGAGUGGAGAGAAACAGGGAGAGGAAGAGAUGAAUUGGGAUGAUAGAGUGAAUUCACGGUAAUCUUUCUUUUGAAAAAUAUUGAAAAACACUACUUUUAGGACAGGAGUUUAGAAAAAGCACCAAAAACUUUAUCCUUUACUUGGGCACCAGUUCCUAGCCAUCUUUUUCUUUUCUUUUUUUUUUUUUU